UCUUUACCACGCCCCCCUCCGACUUCCCCUAAUUCCCGCACCCUUCCCUCUCCCCCCCACUAGAUCUGGCACUCCACCGCCUCCCUCCCCGGCAUUCUGCCUGUUUGUCUAAUUUUUUUUCUCUCCCUGUCGCGGCUUCGCAAGAUCGGGUUCAGGGAAUUGGAUUAAUUUUUUUCCCCCAUUUUAUGGGCGGAGGUCUUGAAAAUUUCGUCGUUUAUGGGGUAGGAUUAGAAGAGAUGAGCUCUUGGAUAUUCAUUUUUUGCCUGAGACGGAGUGGACAAGCCUGGUUGUGGAGAUAACAUCUCAGGUUUGAAGGGGAAGGAGUGAAGGAAGAAGGCAGUCUUUUAGUGUAAUUAGAGGGGAAGGUCUCAUAUUGAUGACAACGGGAUGUGGGGAAACACUCGUCAGCUGCAACAUAAUUGCUUGCACGUUCAACUGAGUGUGUCCCUGGCUGUUGUACCUCCAUGGGGAAUGUUCGAGUGACUUUUGAGGAGUGUGGCCAUGAUGACCCCGCACAAACUAAUCAUGAGAAAGCAGAAGAAUGUGAAGAAGGUAGGGGUGGUGUCAUGGGGGAGGGUCAGGAGCUCUCCGAGGAGGAUGAGUCCAGAAUCAACGAGGUAACCCAAGUUACUAAUGGGGCGCUUGGACUCUGUAAUGGGAGUCUUCAGGGUCAGGAGGCCACUCAGCAACGAAACCAGCAAAGUCAGGGCCCGAUAAUCCGGUGGGAACGAUUUCUUCCAUUCAGAUCCUUGAAAGUUCUGCUAGUUGAAAAUGACGAUUCAACACGACAAGUUGUGAGUGCUUUGCUUCGGAAUUGCAGCUAUGAAGUUACUGCAGCUGAAAAUGGCCUGCAAGCCUGGAGAAUUCUUGUGGAUUUGCGAAAUCACAUUGACCUUGUCUUGACUGAAGUAGUCAUGCCUUGUUUAUCUGGUAUUGGUCUUCUUUGCAAGAUAAUGAACCACAAAACUUGCAAGACCAUUCCAGUAAUCAUGAUGUCUUCUCAUGAUUCCAUGGGUUUAGUAUUUAAAUGUUUGUCAAAAGGUGCAGUCGACUUUCUGGUUAAGCCUAUUCGCAAGAAUGAGCUUAAAAACCUUUGGCAGCAUGUGUGGAGGAGAUGCCAUAGUUCUAGUGGUAGUGGAAGCGAAAGUGGUGUACGAACACAAAAGUCUGCAGAUUCAAAAAGUGCUGAGGAUUCCGACAACAAUGGUAAUAGUAACAGCAAUGAGGACAAUGGAAGCACUGGACUCCAUAUCGGGGAUGGAAGUGAUAAUGGCAGUGGAACUCAGAACUCCUGGACAAAACGAGCUGCUGAAGUUGAUAGCCCACCUCUGGUAUCUCCUUGGGACAAAGUUGCUGAUCCCCAUGACAGUACAUGUGCACAAGUGAUUAUUCCAAAGCAGGAAGCAUUCUUGAUGCCCGAAUCAGCUACUGAUGAUCUUAAAAGACAAAACAAACUUUCCAUUGAUGAUCCAGAGGGUAAAGAAUUGGACGUUGCUGCCCUUGAUAGGCCUUCACAUAGCAACUGUCAUACUGCUGAGAAAUUUUGCAUGGGCCAACCACCAGUUCUGCAUGAUGGUCCUUCCAGAGACAUUCAGGAAUUUGAAGACAAACAUGUGCCAAAGGCAGUCAUAGAAACUCAAAGUGAUAAUGUCUCUACAAAGCCAAAUACUCAGGCUGCCAAUAUAGAUGUUGCCGUUGCAGGUGGUAUUAACACUGAAAUGGAAACAGUUACAGAUGAUGUUCCCAUCACCGAGAAAACAUUUUCUGACUCUAAAGACCCGCCAUUCCUCGGAUUAAGUCUUAAGCGUCUGCGGUCAACAGUAGAUGGUAGGGUUGAGGCAAAUGAUGAAAGAAAGGUCCUCAGGCAUUCUGGUUUUUCUGCAUUCUCAAGGUAUAAUACGGCUAGUACUCAAGGUCCAACAGGAUAUAUGGAUAGUUGUUCUGUUCCACUUGAUCAGAGCUCUGAGGCAGAGAAAAAGAACAUUCCUGUGCCCAACAAUCCUUUGAAUGCCAACCAAGUUUCUAAUACCAGUAGCAACGAGCAAGACAUGGGUUCAUCCACCAAGAAUGUCUUCUCAAAACCUUUGAAUAUCAAGGACAAGUCAGUACCCAUGUCUACCACCAGGGGCCAUCAUGUCUCUGCUUUUCAACCAGUUCAAUACUGCCAUUCACCUCAAGUUUUGCUGCAUGAAAAGGCCAUUGAUGCAGCGAUGCAUCAUCCAAAAGAGGGCUCUCAGAUCCAAGUCCACCAACAUCACCACCACCAACACCACCACCACCAUCACCACCAGCAUGCUGUGAUGCCACAGCAUCAGAAAAAUGACCAUCCUGACCAGGAAGAGCUGUCAAAGAUGACAGUAGCUGUAGCACCACCAUGUGGAUCAUCAAAUGUUCUGGUAACCAAUGGACACUGCAUGAACAGCAGCAUGAAUGGUAGCAGAUCUGGGAGUAACCAUGGGAGCAAUGGGCUGACAAACACUGGUGUGACAAAUGGUGAAAGUGAUACUGGGGCAGUCGGAAAGGGAAGUAAUGGCGGAGGAAGUGGCAGUGGCAGUGGGGUGGAUCAAGCUCGUUCUGCACAGCGUGAGGCAGCACUUACAAAAUUCCGGCAGAAGAGGAAAGAGAGAUGUUUUGAGAAGAAGGUGCGUUAUCAAAGCCGGAAGAGACUUGCGGAACAACGUCCUCGAGUGCGUGGGCAAUUUGUUCGACAGAUGGUAUAUGAUAAUUCAACUCCUCAAGAAGAUGACUGAAUUGUAGCUUUAUGUAUUAUAGUAAUGGUUAGUGAGCUUUUGUCUUUGAACUAUGUGAACUUAAUCAUGUACUCAGCUUCAACUCUCCUUGGCGAUUUGUUGAACCUCACCCCACUGAAUGGGAUCGUCUGUCUCGUGUCUAAUAAAGCACCAGAACCGGUCUCUCUCUC